AUGGAUUUUCUUUGCCUCUUUCCCACUCCCCCUUCAUCCACCUCAUCUUCUCUUUCGUUACUUUCUUUCCAUCCUACCUCUCUUACUUCCCCUUUUCUCGUUAUCCUCCUCUACUUCAUGUUCAUUCUCCUUACCUUUAUCCAUACCCUUCUUUUUCCUUCCUCUUCCUCCUACUUUUCUAUCUUCUCUUUAUUCUCUUUUUCCUUCUCUUCCUUCUUGUACUCUUCUUCGUUCUUUCCUCAUGUCAUCUAUCCUUUUUGCUCCUGUCCAGGUGCAUCCGUUACACUUGGUGACGAGUUGUCUGGUCAAAUUCGGGCGAAUCAAAUACGCAUUGAGCUUUUACAGCACCAAACCGGUCGACUUCAAGAGGCCCUCAACAGACUGGCAUCUUCGAGUAGUUCUCUGAAGCCUGACUGUCCCAACGCUUUAAGAGGAGAUCUUGGUGGUUUAGAAGUUGACAAAAAUAUCACUUCCGUCACCUUGGGUGUCCAGCCGUUUUGCCAGCCAGCUUCCUUCAGGUAG